GUGAAAGUACGAAGAUAUUGCGUCAGAUAUCCGCAAUCGCUGAGAGCCUUGCAAGAGGCAGAUCUUGUCGACCAAGAAUAGCUCCAGCACUUCGCCUUUCACAUUAAUAAUAGUACCUGGAAUAUAUUUUAUAAGUUCUAGUAUUCGCCGCGUGGGCGGCUUGAUGAACCUCGUUCGCUUGCACUGCGCGCAUCGUUGGAUACAUCGCGCCUAAACCUGGAACUCCCUAACAGAUGCAAAGCGUGCGUAAUACACACCUACGACCUAGGGCUCCAGGGCAUGAGCUGUGCGCAAUGCAGCACUCCCGUUGUUCCCGCACCCCGGCGCACCGAGCGUUGGCCCGACUCACACCAUCGGCCGCCGGUUCCCGCCGCCUUCCAUUCCUAGCCAACGCCGUUGCUGCCGCCACCACCGCCUCCACUGCUGCUGCCGUUGGCAACCUCGCAGCAACGCACCGCUUCCUCCGCCGGCACCCCGCGCUCCCCACACUGCGUGCACACGUUACCGCCGCUGCCACGUCUUCUCCAGGUGCCAGCAACGGCAGUAGCAUCAGCAGCAAGAGCAGCGUUAAGAGCCUGCCUGUCUCGGAGCUGGCUAGCCGGCUAGGACCCGAGGAUGCAGUCGUGCUUUGGUUUCGGAACGACCUUCGAGUAGAUGAUCAUCCGGGCCUUACGGCUGCUGCUGCUGCAGCCACCCGCAGUAGCAGUAGCAAUGAUGGCAGUGGCAGCAGCAGUACGGCAAGGUCGCAGUCAAGCAGUUCGGCAUCUGCUCGGCCGUUGGUUCCGGUAUACGUGUUGGAUCCAGAUCGCCUCUCGUACUUGGCCUUCACACCGGGAGGGC